CACCGCGUGCAAGUGUCUUUCCGCUUCUCCAGGAUUUGUCCCUGUCAAAGAUGAGUGCGUCAGCCCGCCAGCACUCCGGAUCGGAGUCCCAUUUCAAAAGACCAAGUCUCCGUACAACCUGAGCCACCCUUCAAAGCAGAAAACGCCGGCGAAAGUCAAACUUCGUCAUCCGAGAGAAGCGCAAACUUGCUCCAAAGAUGUCGACGCAAGGUCUAUUUCAAGGUGGAGGUGGCGGAGGAGGAGGAUGGUUGAAUACUGUUUUGUUUUGCUCCUCGCCAUCGGCCAAGACUAUAUCCAAAAGGAAAUUGCGCCAGACCCGAAGUCUGGACUCGGCCAUCAUCCGAGGUUACGCGACCGACACCGAACUGGUGCAGGAUGACUUUGAUGUCCUGGGGAGUACCUGCAUGCGCUCCAAAUACUCGAGCGUCAACAGCCCCACGUCUCCCCUCAGCUCUGCCGAGAGUUUGACUGGUUCACGGUCGCUGAGGUACAGGCAUUGCUCCACGGGCAGUGGCGCCACCAGCCCUCGUAGCCCCCUGGAGAAAUCCUUCUUCACCAACUUCUACAUUGAUUACGACCAGAGGGGGGGCGUGAAAAGAACCACCGCCUGGAACCAGGGUCAGAACCUGGCCAGCAACACCCUCUUCUCUCCAAGGAAGUGGCUGCAGAAGAAGCCACAUCAACCCAACAGCCAGUCCUACAUAGUCUGGAGGUCAGAGGGUGACUUCACCUGGAACAGCAUGUCUGGCCGCAGCGUUCGACUGAAGCCAGUCCCCAUUCAAAGUCUUUCGGAGCUGGAGAGAGUACGGCUUCAGGAAGUGGCUUUUUAUCGACUGCAGCAGGACUAUGACUUGGGCUGCCAGGUUACAAUUCCAAAAGAUGGACAAAAACGGAAGAAAUCCCUGAGGCGGAAGUUGGACUCACUGGGCAAAGAAAAGAACAAGGACAAGGAAUUUGCACCCCAUGCCUUUGCAAUGCCAUUGUCCCAAGUGAUUGUCAAUGAUCGGGCCCAGAAACAAAAGCAGGAUGCUCUGAGAGAGGAGCAGAAGGAUAAUUUGGACCUGGUGACAUCAGUCUUGCCAUUUGGAUCCAAAAAACCCAACAAAGAACUCUCAAGCAGCAAUUCAUCUCUCAGCUCAACCUCAGAAACUCUAAAUGAACCAGCAUCACCCAAUACUCCCGAAGCUGCCCAACGUGUGAGAAGACGGGGUGGAAUGUCUGUGGAUUCUAUCACCGACCUUGAUGAUGAUCACUCUCGACUGUUGGAAGCAUUGCAGCUUUCACUCCCCACGGAAGUGCCAAGCAAGAAAGAAAAGCAGAGAGACAAAAAACUAAGUCUAAAUCCUAUUUAUCGCCAGGUUCCUAGAUUAGUGGACAGCUGCUGCCAGCACUUAGAAAAAUAUGGUCUUCAAACAGUAGGAAUAUUCAGAGUUGGUAGCUCAAAGAAAAGAGUAAGACAGUUACGAGAGGAAUUUGAUCGAGGAGCAGAUGUUGUUCUUGAUGAGGAGCACAGUGUUCAUGAUGUUGGGGCCUUGCUGAAGGAAUUUUUGAGAGAUAUACCAGACCCUUUACUUACCAGAGAGCUCUACACAGCAUUCAUCAGUACACUUUUAUUGGACCACGAUGAACAGCUCAGUGCCUUGCAACUUCUCAUUUACCUCCUCCCUCCGUGUAAUUGUGACACCCUCCACAGACUCGUGGAGUUCCUUGCCAUGGUAGCAAAUCACGCUGAAGACACCCUGGAUAAAGAUGGACAGGAGGUCACUGGGAACAAAAUGACUUCACUUAAUCUUGCCACAAUCUUUGGCCCCAACCUCCUCCAUAAACAGAAGAGUUCAGACAAGGAGUUCAGCGUGCAAAGUUCAGCUCGGGCUGAGGAGAGUGCUGCCAUUAUCAAUGUCGUUCAGAAGAUAAUUGAAAACUAUGGGACAUUAUUCAUGGUUCCCCCGGAGCUACAGAACGAGGUGCUGAUGAGCUUAUUAGAGACAGAUCCAGACGUUGUUGACUACUUGCUGCGGAGGAAAGCUUCACAGUCAUCGAGUCCAGAUCUGACGAGGACAGAGGUCUCCUAUACUUUGGGAGGAAGACAUUCAUCGACUGACUCCAACAAGAUGUCAAGUGGAGAAGUCUCACCCUAUGACAAUAAUUCUCCAGUACUCACAGACAGGCUGUUAGUACAAAGGCCAGAUGAUCUCAGCCCUGGUUCUGAGAAACUUUAUAAAGUUCCUGAACAAUAUGCUUUAGUUGGACACUUGAAAUCCAAAUCUAGGGACAGCUCUCCAAUUUCAUGGCCUGAGAAAGGUUUGUAUGGUGAUAUUUACCAAAGCACCCCUUUACAGCAAAGACAGUGUUCUCUGUCACAGGGGAACCUCACAGUGGACUGGCCUGUGCCUCAGGCCUCUUCCACAUUGUCUCUGGACAAUACAAAGCUGCCUGUGCGAAGAACUCAUACAACUGCAGGGGUGCCCGAGUGCAGGGCUCACCCUCCUGUGAGUCGUGUCUGCAGUAGUCCUCAAGUGGCAGGAGGGAAGAAAAAUAUUCAGCUGAGCCUGGAGUCACUGUGCCUCAGGCGUGACCAGCAUUCCACAGGAAGUGCAGAAGAAAUUCUUCAGAGAACCUCGGAAACCUCUUUCUUAAACAAGAAGCAUUGGCUGACCUGUUUCAAGCACGGGGACAUCAAUCGUAAUGAGACUCGGCCCCCUCCCCCGUACCCCAGUGCACUGAGGCAAAGUUCUUCCAGUAACUCUGUUGCACAUCAAGAACAAGCUUUGUCAAAACUUCAAAAGACUCCGCAAAGCUCAGCUCCGGCAGCAGAACUGGAGGCGAUGCCGCUUGAGCAGUCGACAGCCAAGCCCAAAGAGCAGGACUUGGUUUCCUCCAACAACGAGAAUGAAACCUGGUCCAACCAGUCAGACAGUAAGAACAACUUAACAGAGCCCGACUGGGUGGAGUGGCAAAGGGAGCGAUGGCAAAUCUGGGAGCUCCUGUCCACAGACAAUGCAGAUUCACUUCCAGAAACUCUAGUAUGAUAGCUUGAACUGCCCUUAAGCAGUCUUUGUUUAGAUGUCAUUUUAAUAAUUUUUUAAAAUCAAAAUUCAUCCUAUCAUGUACACAAAACAUAUUUUUAUAUUUGUGUGAUAUUUUAACUUCCUUUUACUUUUCAGGUGUAAAACUACACAGUCUUUAAUAUUCAUGUAAAAGUCGGCGUAUCUGUCAGCACCUAAAACACAAGCAUAGGACAAUACAUUUGAAUGUUGCUGUAUGCAUAAACUAUACAUGAAAUAUAUAAAUAUCUAUUCUGUGUCUUAUUUUCCAUUGAUUUGUAUUUAUACGUACAUGUUUGGAUUAUUGUAUGUCUAUGAGAGAUUAUGUUCAGAACCACAUUCAGUGGGGGUUGGGGGCUGUAGAUUAUCACUUGGAUUUUCCUUAAAUCAUUGCACUUAUUUUGUUUCUCAUGAUCAGAAGUAACAGAAAGGUGUCCCUGUUGUCUACCAACAAGUUUCUAUUGGUUUCUUCCAACCAGUAAGCAGUUUACAGGCAAUUUUUGUCACUUGACUAAAUUAAAUGACCACUGCAAUAUCAAGGUUUUGACAAUUACUAUCAAUUUUCUUUUUUAGGAUACGAAUUCUUUUUCAGCUAAACAUGCCACCCUCAAAUACCAACCAGUAGUCCCUUGAAUAAGAAACAUGGUUACUAUUUUAUUAGUUACUAAGCUUACUGAGCACAUUUUCUCAAGUAACUUCAAUUCCCCUCUCUUUAAGGAAAGGUUCCCCACUUGAUAGUGGCAGUCCUAUUUUCAAUAGGUGAUCAGUGAAGGAUUGAUUAUAGUGUAAGAAAAUCUAACUCCAGCUCAAUGAAAUGGAAAUAUUCUUGCCAGGCAGGAAUUGAGAGAUUAUAUAUUUUAAGUACGGGAAAAUGAUAAGUAUUUUUUCAUGUAUUCAAAUGAGGGAUUUGCAUACAAUGUACCUUUUAAAACAAGACUGUAAGUCACAAGUUCAUGCAAUUCCAUGUGUUUUAUUUUCAGAAAAUAUGUUUAUUUUAUAAUAUCGUAUUUUAUCUAGCUCAAAAACUGGGCUAGCACCUGGGCACAGUUCUAUUCAUCUUCUACCAAUCAGAGGCUAAUACAUAGAUUACACAGUUGUGAUCUAUCAUCUUACAUUGUCUUAAAGAGGUAAAUAUGACUGUUCCUAUAAUGUCACCUUAAGUCUUACAGUGCCAUAAAGUUUGAAUUAAAAAAGAACAUG